GAAGCGCCAGUCGCCUCGGAAGAAAGCACGGAUGCGGCCAACGACACCGACGUUGAAGCUGCGCAGGAGCCUGUGGACGAGCCAAUUGUCCAGGAACCUGCUGCGGUUGAGCAAGAUGCGCAGGCCGCCGACGACACCCCGGAAGCCGCGCCAGUGGACGACGUCCCGCAAGAAGUCGUCCAAGAACCGGUCGAAGAGGCGGCGGUCGAGCCCGAGGCCGCUCCCGUCGACGAUGUCGUGGUGCCUACCAACGAGUCCAACGAUGAAGCGCCAGUCGCCUCGGAAGAAAGCACGGAUGCGGCCAACGACACCAAAUUAGAAGCCCAACGAGCUGCACCGUCACCAAUGGCGGCGCAACUCAAAGCUUAUCGUGCCGCCGAGGAUGCGCUGCUGACAUUAGACGACGCGCCGCUGGCGACCGUCGUCCCCAGCUUACCAACCUUUGCGCUGAGCUCAUUGGCGCUGGAAGACGACGACACGGGCGCGGUCGAGUGA